AUGGGUACUCAAAAGAAAGAAAAACAAAGAAGAGUCCGCGAGGGCGACAACAGAGAUGGAAAUCUCCGUGUCAAGGGUGAGAACUUCUACAGAGAUGCUAAAAAGGUGAAACAUUUGCAGAUGUACAAGACUGGAAGAGCGGUCAGAAACGCAAAAGGUGAGAUCAUUAGAGCUGCUGCUUUGCAAUCUACUGAUGCUCCAGUUGCCAGAGUGGAUCCUAACAGAAAGUGGUUUGGUAACACAAGAGUCAUUGCUCAGGAUGCCUUGACCCAUUUCCGUGAGGCCAUGGGCGACAAGAAACACGAUACAUACUCUGUUCUUUUGAGAAGAAACAAGUUGCCCAUGUCACUUUUAGAUGAGAAGGACACCACUGAGUCACCCACGGCUCGUAUUGUUGAGACUGAGUCGUACGCUCACGCCUUUGGUCCCAGACAGCAGAGAAAGAAGCCUAGAACUCAGGCUGCCUCAUCGCUUGAAGAAUUGGCCCAGUUGACUGAGACUGACUCGCAAACUUACCAGGAAAAGCAAGAAUUGGAUGCUACUUUGGGUUUGAUGGGUGGCUCUUUCUUGGACAAGGAUGAGUACACUCAGGAGGCCAAGGAAGCCAUUUUCCACAAGGGUCAGUCUAAGAGAAUCUGGAACGAGUUGUAUAAGGUCAUUGACUCGUCUGAUGUGGUUAUCCAUGUUUUGGAUGCCAGAAAUCCUUUGGGCACUCGGUGUGAGUCUGUUGAGAAUUACAUCAAGGAAGAGUGUCCUCACAAGCAUUUGAUUUACGUUUUGAACAAGUGUGACUUGGUUCCUACUUGGGUUGCGGCUGCAUGGGUUAAGCAUCUUUCCAAGUCCUUUCCAACUCUUGCAUUCCAUGCAUCGAUCAAGAACUCUUUUGGUAAGGGUUCUUUGAUCCAGUUGUUGCGUCAGUUUUCGACGUUGCACUCGGAUCGUAAACAGAUUUCCGUUGGUUUCAUUGGUUACCCUAACACUGGAAAGUCUUCUAUCAUUAAUACUUUGCGUCAAAAGAAGGUUUGUCAGGUCGCUCCUAUUCCAGGUGAGACUAAGGUUUGGCAAUACAUUACUUUGAUGAAGAGAAUCUUCUUGAUUGACUGUCCAGGUAUUGUUCCUCCAAGCAACAAGGAUACCGAAGCCGACAUUUUAUUCAGAGGUGUAGUGAGAAUUGAGCAUGUCUCCCACCCUGAACAAUAUAUCGAGGAGAUGCUCCAGAAGUGUGAACGUAAGCAUUUGGAAAGAACAUACGAAAUCAGAGGUUGGAGCAAUUUCGAGGAAGAUCCAAGUCUUUUGGAGCAGGCCAGUACCGAGUUCAUCGAGCUCAUCGCCAGAAAGCAAGGAAGAUUGUUGAAGGGUGGUGAGCCAGAUGAGAGUGCUGUUGCCAAGCAGGUGUUGAAUGAUUUCAACAGAGGUAAGAUUCCAUGGUUUGUUUCACCACCAAAAGACGAAGAGGUCAGAACCGGAGAAGACAAGAAGCUCGAACAUAAGAGAAAGCGUGCCGAAAGAGAAGCAGGCAAGGAGGAAGAGCAUAAUGCUAAGAGAGCAAAGGUUGACCUGGAAUCUUCCGAGGACGCCCAGGACGUCGAGGAGGAGCUGGAAAAGGAGGAGAAACUGGACAAACAGUAG